AUGGCCGUGUCCAUUGCUGCUUUCCUCGUGCUUGUUGCCAAGUUCCCGCGCUUCGUCACUCUCUGGCGCGCGCACCUGUGCUCCCCUGCGAUGGCCUUUUCCAUGAUGGCGUUUCAGUUCGGAGCGGGGCAGCAGGCGCAGGGCGACUGCGUGGCGUCGCUGCUGCUGCAGGUGCUGGGAGUGAAGGGCAAGCAGCAGCUGGAGACUGGCUUUGCUGCCCACAUGCUGCCGCUGCUGCCGGGGGGGAGGGACGCGCAUAGGGAGGCGGGAGGGGGAGGAGCGAGCUCGGGGAGGGAGGGAAGAGAGGGGAAGGAGUGGAGGGAGGGGUUGGGAGGGGUUGAGUGGGAGGAGUAUGUGCGCCGCGUGGUGGAGAUUGCCGCCCAGGGAGGGCUGGCAGGCGAGCAGUACCGCUGCUGCUGCUCGCAGUGCUGCAAGGGCGAGAGCACAGAGGGAAGAGCGAAUGAAGGGGCCUUGGGAGCCCAACGCGGCAGCAGCGGUGGCAUGGUGAUAUCUGGUGCGGACCCCACCGACUUCGCCCUCAAGUGCGCCACUCUCUUCUGCCAGCCGCUGUUCGCCGUGAGUGCUUCUCUCAUCUUCUCUGACUGUGCUGCCGGCCGCCACAAGGAGCGGGUAGAGGACGCUGCUGUGGAGGAGGCAAGGAACCGGCUGGCUGCGGAGAAGGGGAGUGUGGAGGGAAGUGGAGUGCAGGAUAGAGGGAAGCGAACAGUGGAUUCAGACGCACCAGCAUCAGCUCCUGCUGCUCCUGCUGGUGCUGGGUCUGGUGCUGCAGCCAGUGGGUCUGGUGCUGCAAGCGGCGCCGGCCUUGUCCCGGUGAACAGUAACGCGGUCGUGGCACUAUUCACUUACCGGGUCACCUGCCUGCUGCGAUGGGUGCGGCUGUACGGGUUCAAGGUUCGGUGCCAUGUGAAAGCCUGUGCCAGGCCUAGAAGGCUCGGCACGACAGGCUGGAAGGAGUUCCCGGAGGGGGACAGGGCGGCAGUGGCGGCGAAUUUGGAAGAUCCUGGGGAGUUUAUUGGACUCAAGACUUUCCAGGUGGGGGCAUUUCAUGGCGGUGAGUUGGACAGGGAGGAGAUGAAGAAGGAGUACAACGUGAGGGAGCUCAACAUGCCCCACCCAGGCCCCUCCUUCGGUGCCUCCCCCAAUUUCAUAGGCACUCUGCGCAACAACUCGAGCGGCCCCUUCUUCCCCACACUGGGCCACCGCGUGGAGGAGUUUUUGAGAAGCUGCAUGGACCUGGAGGAGCGAACCUGGACUGCUCUGGCUCUGGGGCCGUUCGCAGAGGGCAAGAUCAAGCCCAUCCUACGGUCCAGAAUCCAGGUGGAGAUUUUCAUAGAGAUGAUUGCAGGCAUCAUUUACCCUGCGCCGGCCUGCAACCGCUGCCGGUAUUGCGUCAGCAGGUACCAGCAUGCAGUCUCUCUCUCCUCACUUGCCGCAACCUUCGCCUACCGCCCCUCGUCCGCGCUGCUGCGCUGCAUCCUCUCGCUCUUCCCGCCCAGUUCGGUGCGCUUCAGAAGCUUCCUGGAGUCUCUGCACGUGGCGCCCAUCCCUGCGGUGGUCCCGGACUCGCUUCUGGCACCGCUGCUGGAAGGCUUGAUGGAGGAGCUUCGGCUGAAGUUUCUGUUUUGUGGCACUAGGCUCAUUGCGGAGGAGAGCGAGAUAAUGAGCAUUCUCGAGCCUGUCGAGCAGGACGAAGUAGGGCAGGAGCGGCAGGGAAUGUGGGAGGGGGUCGAGGAGUGGAGGAUGUGGGAGGAAGUGGACAGCUGGCGGCGGGCGGCUGUUAUGGCGUGGCCUGCUGUGGAGGGACUUGGUGAGGCGGAGGUGGCUGAUGGUGAGGGGGAUGGGUUGGAGGAGUGCUGUGCGGCCAUGAAGCGUGCGCUACAGGAGGAGAAGGUUGUAGCGGAGGCACGCAGGCAAGCGGUGAUUGACUCUGUCAUUGCCGCUGGUGGUGCUAGGGGUGGAGAUGCGUAUGGGGGAGGGGAAGGCCCAGGAGGGGGAGAGAGUGGGGAGGGGCGAAAGCGGAAUGCAGGGGCGUGGUACCUGGAGCCGUGGCCGGGGGGGGUGAAUCCUCUGGCGUGUUUGAGGGAGAUGCUGCUGGGGGAGACCAGCUACUGCCUCCAGGCUCAGGUGGAUGCUGCUGCCGCUGAUGCUGCUACUGCUGCUGCCCCUGGUGAGGGGCACAGUGGCAAGGGAGAGCGGCGUGGGUGUGCGUGGGCACAGUGUGGCGGGGUGGAAGGGGCGGGGUUGCAGCUCAAGCUAUGUUCGCGGUGCGGCAAGGCUGCCUACUGCAGCAGGGAGUGCCAGAAGGCCCACUGGCCGUCGCACAAGCUCACAUGCCAGCCCAAGGCCAAGAAAGGGGAAGAGUCUUCAUAG